AUGAAAAGAAAGGCAGAAAUAAAAGUAGAAGUAAACAUAAAGAAGCAGAGGAAUUGCAGGCGUAAUCAUGGAGUGAACUGGGUAAGAGGAAAGCUGGUCGGAAGAGGAAGAUAUGGGUCUGUUCAUCUUGCCACUUCCACGAAACCCAUAACACGGUUUUGUCGUAGGCCUGAAAUUAUGGUGGUGAAAUCGUCUAAUGGGGUGCCGUGUUUAAGGUCUGUCCAGCAUGAGGCAGAGGUCUACAAUUUGUUCUUGGAAUAUGCCUCUGGCGGAAGCCUUGAUCAUCUGAUCAAGAAAUCCGACGGUUGUGGAUUGCCGGAAUCUGAGGUUAGGUGGUAUACCAAGUCAAUUCUUGAAGGGGUUAAGCACAUUCACCAGUGUGAUUAUGUUCACUGCGAUUUGACCCCAGAGAACAUUCUGCUUGUGCCUACCACCACAAGUUGUGGAAGUACUAGUUUGGUGGCAAAGAUAGCCGAUUUCGGAUUGGCUAAGAGAACAAAAGAAAAUGUCGGUGGAUCUGGAUGUAGAGGCUCUCCAAUGUAUCUGUCCCCAGAAGCUUUGCUUGACAAGUUGCAGGAUCAGCCCUCUGAAAUUAGGUCUGUUGGUUGCAUUGUGCUUGAGAUGCUCACCGGGAAGCCCCCAUGGGAUACGAGUUAUUGUUGGAAGCCUCGGGAUUUCCUGAACAAGCUGGUUUUUGACUCUCCCAAGAUUCCAGCUAAAAUCUCAAAGGAGGGGAGGGAUUUUCUAAAGAUCUGCCUGGCCUUCAAUCCCUGUAAAAGGUUAACUGCAGAAGAGCUCUUAUCUCAUCCGUUCGUUGCUCAGUCAAUACCACCAGAAGAAUAUAAUGGAGCUUCACAAUCUGAUACUGCAAGUGUAACUUUGAGUUCAAGCAGUGAAGAAGUGACUCUGCUUUGA